CAUCUAAAAUUAACAAAAAAAAAUUCAGAAUGAGAGAGAAGUUAUCCAAUCCACCACUAUAAAUAAAAUUACAAAGAUUCAAGUCGGAACAUGGGUAUUCAUCGUUCACCUGGAAGCUAAUGAACUUGGUGAACUAAGCGAUACUACCCUUUUUCUAUCGGAGCGUGUGAUUAACCCCCGUCUCCCCCACUCCCUCCAACUCUGUGAAUUCAUUUUUCUUUGGUGGGUGUCAUGGAUACGAAGGUUCUUUCUUCUGGAAUCCGCUACUCUAAUUUGCCCGAAAGUUAUGUGAGACCUGAAUCUGAGCGUCCCCGCUUGUCUGAAGUGUCGCAGUGCGACAACGUCCCAGUCAUCGACUUAGGGUGUGACGACAGGAGCCAUAUUGUACAACAAGUUGCUCUUGCCUGCAUCAACUAUGGUUUCUUUCAGGUUAUUAAUCAUGGAGUGUCGAAAGAAGCGGUGGAAAGAAUGUUACAAGUGGCGCAUGACUUCUUUGGGUUGCCCGUGGAGGAGAAGAUGAAGCUUUACUCAGACGACCCUUCCAAAACAAUGAGACUUUCCACCAGUUUUAAUGUUAAAAAGGAGAAGGUUCAUAACUGGAGAGAUUACCUACGAUUACACUGCUAUCCUCUCCACAAGUAUGUUCCUGAGUGGCCUUCCAACCCUCCUUCCUUCAAGCAAAUCGUAAGUGAUUACUGUGUACAAGUUCGAGAGCUUGGUUACAGAUUACAAGAGCUAAUAUCAGAGAGCUUAGGCCUGGAAAAAGAUUACAUAAAGAAGGUUCUAGGGGAGCAAGGGCAGCAUAUGGCCGUGAACUAUUACCCGCCAUGCCCGGAACCAGAGCUGACAUACGGAUUGCCUGGACAUACAGACCCCAAUGCUCUUACGAUUUUACUUCAAGACCUCCAAGUGGCGGGUCUUCAAGUUCUCAAAGAUGGCAAGUGGCUUGCUGUUAAUCCCCAACCAAAUGCUUUUGUCAUUAACAUUGGCGAUCAAUUACAGGCAUUAAGUAAUGGGACGUACAAGAGCGUGUGGCAUCGGGCAAUCGUAAAUACCGAUAAGCCAAGGAUGUCUGUUGCUUCCUUCCUCUGCCCUUACGACCAUGCCCUGAUCAGCCCUGCAAAACCUCUCACCCAACAUGGAUGUGGAGCCGUAUACAGGGAUUUUACUUAUGCUGAGUAUUACAGUAAGUUCUGGGGCAGGAACCUGGACCAAGAACAUUGUUUGGAACUUUUCAAGAACUAAUCGCUUGGUCCUUGCCUACUUUUCAAGAACUUGCCAGUUAUUUCCUCCUAGCUGCCCCUUUACUUGUCCUGGUGCAGAAAGAUGGUUUUUUCUUUACCAAAAAUGCAAAAACCGAAAUUUCACCAAACACCCCUUAAUAAUAAGGUAAUGAUGCAUAUUGCUAUAUUGCUGGCUGGCGAUGGCUACCCACUGUAACUUAUCCUUUUGUAGAAACUUCCCUACUACUGCUGCUUGUGGUUUGAUUCUUGGCCCACAUGUCAUUAUUUUGUAAUGAAAAUAAUAUUGCACUUCCUUUA